UGAGUUUUUAUGUGAACUAGAGCUUUCUUUUUUUAGAGUUCUCGUACUCAACUUAUGAUGACUUCAGGUAAAGAAGAAAUUGAGCAAAAUAGUGUAAGGGCAGAAACCUAACUUGCUACCUUGUCUGGAGUCACUCGGUGACAGCUCAACCUGAUGGAUAACGACAGUUUUCCAACAAAAACUAAUCCAAAAAUGGCAGAACUCUUUAUGGAAUGUGAAGAAGAAAAUCUUGAACCAUGGCAGAAGAAAGUAGACAAAAAAAGUCAGGAUGAAGAUGAUGAUGAGCCAAUCUUUGUUAGAGAGAUAGCAAGUUCAAAACCAGCCAUUUCAAACAUUUUGAACAGAGGUAACCAUGGCUCAUCCUCAAAGAGAAUAAAGAAAGAGAUACUUAGUCCUGAUCAAGGUACAGUAUUACACUCAAUACCAGGUCCUGUGGCUUCCUUACCUAGAUUUCAUCUUGAAUCUAAAUCUUCACCGAGCUCUCCUAAUGUGUCUAAACCUGUUGAAUCAAAUGAUCAUUCAGACUUAAUGUUGGACUCGACCCAGGCUUCAUUACCACCUUCCCAAGACAUACCAGCAAUUUUUAAAGAAGGUAUGGGUCGAACUUCAUCUGUAUCAAAACGUCAUUCUACUCCUCAAGUAAAUGUAGUUACUCCAAAAAAGCCAAAGGCUGAUGAAGAUAUUUCUGAAGUAGAUUCUCCUGCUUCAUUGACUUUAUUUAGCACUUCUUCACAGUCUUCUGAGGUUAUACUAUCACAAGUAUUUGAUGAACUCAUGCUAUUCUUCAAACUUCUUGUAAAGCAGGCCUUUUAUGAGCGUUGUUGUCCAGACAUGGUAAAUAACCUUUUGAGAAUUAUUAAAGCUGAAUUUUUAUAUGCUGAAAACAAAAAUAAGAUUGGUUCAGAGACAGGAAAAUUGAUCAUGUUAGUUAGUGACUUUUAUUAUGGAAGACAUGAAGGUGCCGUUGAAGAGGAACAGAAGACUUAUACAACCUUUAAGUGCUUCAGUUGCUUGAAAGUUCUUAAAAAUAAUAUUAGGUUUAUGAACCACAUGAAGCACCACUUGGAACUUGAGAAGCAGAACAGUGAGAGCUGGGAAAACCAUACCACCUGCCAGCACUGCUACCGGCAGUAUCCCACACCCUUUCAGCUGCAGUGCCACAUUGAGAGUACACACACACCCCAUGAGUUUUCUACUAUUUGUAAAAUCUGUGAAUUAUCAUUUGAAACAGAGCAUAUUCUUUUACAACACAUGAAGGAUACUCAUAAACCCGGUGAAAUGCCAUAUAUUUGCCAGGUUUGCCAGUUUAGAUCAUCAACAUUUUCUGAUGUAGAAGCUCAUUUUAGAGCAUCCCAUGAAAACACUAAGAACUUGCUAUGUCCAUUUUGCCUCAAAGUUAGUAAAAUGGCAACUCCCUACAUGAAUCAUUACAUGAAGCAUCAGAACAAAGGAAUUCAUCGUUGCACAAAAUGCAGACUACAGUUUUUGACCUGCAAGGAGAAAAUGGAUCACAAUCUACAGCAUCGUACAUUUAUAAAACCUAAAGAACUAGAAGGAUUGCCUCCUGGAACAAAAAUUACUAUUCGAGCUUCACUUGGACCUCUUCAAUCAGGAGCCUCAGCCACACCUUCCAGUUGUGCUCCAAGCACUUCUUCUCUUCAGGUCUCACCUCCAAAGUCUAAAAAUACCACUGCUAAAAAUCCCUCAAAAUCUAAUGGAAGUAAAUCUAAGACAAGUAAGACUCAAUUUACAACUGCAUGCAGUGCAAGUAAACCCAGUUCAAGUCAGACAAAUGGAGGUACAUCUAAGUAUAAACUCGGUUCAAGUAAGGCAAGUGGAAGUACAUCUAAAAGCAAAGCAAAACCCUCUUACAAGCAAAGGAGACAACGUAACAGAAAAAAUAGAAUCAACAUAGCUUUGAAGAAAAUCAGGUGUCAUCGAAUUCACAAGUGCAUUGAGUGUCAUUCCAAAAUAAAAGAUUUUGCAAGCCACUUUUCUAUAUAUAGCCACUUGUCUGGUGAGGGCCUCAUUGACAGCACCUUCUUGCUGUGCCCUCACAUGGUGGAAGGAAUCAUGAUCUUUUAUUUAAAACUAAGAAAGUAUGGUCAUAAAAUUAAUAAAUAUAAUAAAAUUAAAAUAUUUUUUGUCUCUUGUCUUUCCAGCCCUCAUAGCAACAAUCCAAGUACACGGUUUUGUAUUUUUAAGAAACAUUCAGGAGCUUUCAGGGGCAUUACUCUAGUGUGCCUUAAAUGUGCUUUCCUAACUGAUUCUUCUGGCUUAGAUCUUAUGGCUAAACACCUGAGUCAACGUAAAACUCAUACUUGCCAAGAUACUUCCCAAGUUAUAAUAGAAAAUGGGAUGACCUCCAAGCCCACCAAAUUAAAGCACAACUUCCCACUGGGGGCUUUGGCUCUCGAUCUUAAGCUUAUGGGUUGA